UGUUGCCCCGUCCACAGAAUUCCGGGAGGCGAUGGUGGACAAGGGUGACUCGGAGGCAGCAGUGCUGAGCGGCAAGAAGGACAUCUUUCGGCGCCUCAGGGACCUCAACUGCUCGCGCGACACGGACAAGCUACAGGCGCUGUGGUGCGAGACACACCACCUGCUGUCGGACCCGAGCUGGGCAGAGCUGCUGCGUGAGAAGAACCACUGCCAGCGAGUGGGAAGUGGCGCUGGAACCAUGCAGACGGACGCCCUGUCUGCCCAAUGCCUCUGCCGCACCCGCUUCUCCUGCUGGUUUCACGUAUGGGCCAUCAUCUCCGGCAUUUUCCUUUUGAUUUUCGCCACUCGCUGGAUUUGCAGCAAUGCAUGGAGCGCUAUCCGAUGGUGCUGUCGCCUACCGGCGUACUGCAGACUCUCCAGCACCAUGAAGGCCGUGCAUUAUGUGAACUAUGGCAUGGACAAGAAAUCGUGGGACUCGCGGUCGGCCUGCUCGGAGCAGAUCAAGUCGACCAUAGAGCUGAGCCUGAGUCAGCUGUUCAGCCGGUGUGACGUCUCGCUGCUGAUGGUGGGCAGUCUGAGCUCUCGGCUGGGCAAGUCGCUGUGCGCCCGUCCGGAGGCGGAGGACUCGCUACAGGAGUACCGGCUGACGCGGCCGGUGCUCGGCGCAGACGCCGAUUUCAUGGUGGUGCUGCAGGUGCCCGUGGCGCCGGCCGACGCCGGCGGUCGCCAGCUCUCCUGGCAUGACUUGGAGGGCGUCUCGCCGUACCACACCAUCUCGUUCAGCGGGUUCCCACAGCCUCAUCCGGCCCCCUUCAUGCCCGCGGCACGGACCUGCGGCGGCGCGUCAGCCCGCGGGGCCACGCCUCGCGAUCCGCCGGGGCUGGAGGUGAUGGAGCGCGCCGCCGGUCCAAGGCGCGCCGACCCCCGGCUGCUCUCUCGCCAGUGCUCGAUCGACUACACGCUGCCCGAGCUGGAUGAGGACGAGCCGCCGCCGCUGGCCGAGCCCCGGGAGGCGGGCGAGCAGUGUGAGAUGCUGGUGCGGCCGCCGCCAGAGGGCGCCAUCGAGCCACAGGCCAUGCAAAGGUCGGCCAGCUGCAGCACGGUCCGGCUGCGGCGGCAGCUGACAACGCUGGAGGUGACCAACAGCGCCGCCACGCCGCCGGGCUUCGCUCGCGUGCAGCUGCUGCUGGAGCGGGUGCUGCCCGAGGACCGACGUUGGUGGCAGGAGCGGCUCAGCGAGACGAGCGGCGACGGCGCCGUCUACCUCUCCAGCCUGAAGGCACGCCGCCUGAUGGAGGAGAUGUUCGGCUCGCUACAGCUCGCCAUAGAACAGGACCGCAGCAACAUGUCCAUCGUGGACAGCUGUCUGGCGGACUACCGAGGCGUGCCCAGCUACGAGAAAGAGGUGCGGGCACGAGGUCCUGCCAUCAUGCUGAAGCUGACCCAGCGCGAUGACCGUGCGUUCGCCCGGCUGACCUGUCUCCAGAACAGCUGCUGCUACUGGCUGUGCCUCUGCUUCGUCGUCGUCAUGCUCAUCCCGUUCUCACUCUGGAUCUUCCUCACGGGAGGAUCUUGGCCGGUGCGCAAGUGUAUCGGCGGUGCCUGCUGCUCCAUCUACUACUGCGUGACGCUGCUGCUGCCGAUGGUGCUGGUGCUACCGGUCACGAUGCUGGUGCUGAUGCUGUCUGGGCCAGGCCAGCCGUCGGACAACGUGUACGUGGUCGCCAUGAUCGCCUACCUGGUCGUAUCGGCCUGCUUCGCGUCCGUCUUCGUGUGCGUGUCGCAGUGCUUCUUCAAGCUGCCCACCAUCUUCUACGGCGACUUUGUGACGGCACUCGUCUGUCCUGUCUGGCCCAUACAAGCACGCGAGUUCAAAACCAGGACACGUCUGUGGCCGUCGCGCAACGUGGUGGACACGGUGGUGCGAUGCGGCUGCCACCUGGUGCCCAAGUCUGCCAUCACGUGCGCGUGUGUGGACGUGCGCGGGGAGGCGCCCUGCCAGGAGGCCCACCUGCUCUGGCGCUACUCCUUCUCACAGGCGGAGGUCACCCUCAGCAAAAACAUACCGGAGCACUACCGGCGGGCUUACCUGACGCUCAAGUGGCUUGUCAAGAAGUACAUCAUGCAGGCCGACUGCCCGACGACUGUCAACAACAGCAACUUCCGCUCCUACUACCUUAAGACGGUGCUGUACUGGGAGCUGGAUCAGGCCGGGGUGCUGGAGUGUACUGACGGCGUGGAGGAGGUGUUGCUGCAUCGGCUGGCACUGCGGCUGCAGCGCUACAUUCGGCAGCGCUACCUGUCGCACUUCUUCAUCCCUGAGGUCAACUUGCUGCUCGAGCUGACAGACGUCGAGUUUGACAGGAUCGACCGCCUGCUGAACCAGGUGCUGGAGAACCCGGCGCGGCUGAUCAAGAGGCGAGAGCUGACGGUCACUUUCUACGCCAUCGCGCUGUGCGAGAGCCUCUUCUGCACGCCGGGUCGGGACUACCGGAGCGAGCUCUGCUUCAACUACGCCUCCCGACUGCACCAAGUGUGGUGAGCUCGUCCAGCAGCGCUGUCUAACUGCACGGCACCUGGCGAGCUCGUCUGGCAACGCUGUCUGGCUGCGCUGCCCCUGGUGAGCUCGUCUGGCAGCGCUGUCUGACUGCACGGCACCUGGCGAGCUCGUCUGGCAAUACCGGCGGACAGCACCACGUCUGACCACGUCAUCUGUCGCGGAUCGGCAGACUGCAUCCGUUGAAGUCGUCUGGCAACACCGGCAUCUGCGACGCAUCAUGGUCGCUCAGCUGACCUGCCCGCUCCAGACGUGUGAUCCACCGCAGACCGCGCGAGCUGGCCGUGAUCUCUGGCAUCUGGACGACAUUCUGGCCUGACCUGCCCGCUCCAGCCGCGUGAUCCACCGCAGACCGCGCGAGCUGGCCGUGAUCUCUGGCAUCUGGACGACAUUCUGGCCUGACCUGCCCGCUCCAGCCGCGUGAUCCACCGCAGACCGCGCGAGCUGGCCGUGAUCUCUGGCAUCUGGACGACAUUCUGGCCUGGCGUUUGUCCAGUGUGCUGAUGGUUCCUUCCAUUAAGAUUAGUUGCAGCUGUUGUGUGGCCCAGAUUUAGUGUAAAUGCGGACGGCAUUUUGAGCUGGUAGUACAAAACAGGAGCUUUCUGACAAAACGUCUUCGGAAACAGUAGCCGAUAUACGUUAUAACGUGUAUCAUUGAUGCUGUAACCACAGUGCACAACGCAGAAUUUGACAUUGUAAGCCCAGUGCACAACGCUGGACCUAGCGCGAGUCCACCAUCCCAGCUCUCCUAGCCGUGUAUCUGUCAAAACACGAUCAAGCUGUUGUGCAAUGAGAAGGCAUCAGUGUCAUGUGAAGCCUGUUUGACUCUCGCCUGGGUGUUCUGCACUCGCAUUCGGUCGCCAUGUGCGCGGCUGGUGCACGGCCGGUCUGAGCUAUUAGCUUGGUGUUGUCAGCACCGAAGUGACCCGGCGUGGGGGCAGUGGUGCACCAGGCUGCGCGGCACGCGGGUGGUUUUAUUGGUUUAUUCUGGUCAUGUUCUUGCGAUUAUGUGCAAGUUUAGCUUAGGUGAACGGUGUUCAUCCGUGUCCCGUAGUCGUCUGCCUCCGCUGUGGCGCAUACAGCGGCAUGCUGACUGUGUGUCAUUUGAUGUGACAUCCUCAAAGUGUUGCUGACUUGGUGCCCCGAUGUUUUUCCUGUGGCAAUGUCGUGGUCUAUAGCACUGCCGCGAGCCUACUCGCACGCAGGGCAGUGCUUUAAACAUGCCCGAUUACACGGUAUGCAUAGAUGCUUCCCCAUGAGAUGAUAUUACAUUGCCAAAGUUCUGCUUAGGUUUGGGUGUGCUUUAGGCGUUAUUUUAGGUAGCUAGUUGGUCUGUGUGUGGUGUGUGGGUUCGUGCGUUCCAUGAUAUUGAGACCAUCAUACAU